GGCCUUGUACCUGAUGACUGGGAACCACCUUAUACUCUUAGCCCUAAGGCAACCUGGAGACAACAAAUGUCUGAUAUUUAAUGGGGUGGAGUUGUUAACGGCUCCCAUUUCCCAUCUGGGGACCCAGUCCUCUUACUUUCCUUGCAGGACCCAAGGAUGCAGCUAAGUCCAAAAGGGUCACUGUGCUGCUUUGGCAAGUGAAGAGGCAACAAACUCACAACAACUUGUUUUUUCUGGCUCAGGCCCCUUGCCUGGUUGACAUCACAUCCUGAAUACCGCAGGAACGGCACCUCCAUAGGCAGGGCGGGCUGAGCCCGACACUCUGGUGAAGAGCUGGGAGACUGCCUCUCUCAUUUGCUGAGCGAGGAAGGAAAGGGAACAGAGGCUGCCAAGGAGGACUGGGUAUGCCCAUCAGGCAAUGAAGGCUCUUGCUUGGCAUGGAUGACCCCAAACAGCCAACCUGGUUGGGAGAGGCUUGAAGGAUAAAAGCGGAAGGAAAGGCCACUGGAUCUGCAAAGCGGAGAAAAACAUGGAUUCUCGCCAACAACUUCUACCCUUGCAAUUCCACAAUGGUGUCUGGUAACUUGGCUGUUCUGUCGAUGCUUUUUGUGUCACUUGCCUUCUGGAGAUUUGAAGCCCCCCAGGGAGCAUCACCUGGAACCGACAAACAUGACCCUAGAGAACUGCCAAUCCAGGCCCUCCACACUAUCCUGUUAAGACGCCUAGGCUUGCAAAGGCGGCCGGAACCAAAACCAGGCCACGUGGUCCCCCAGUACCUGCUGGAUUUGUACCAAUUUGCCUUAGGAAGGGUUCCUCCCUCCUUGCAGGGAACGGAUCUACCUUUCUUGGAGGAACAGGCGGGAAGAGCCAACACUGUGCGCACAUUUCAUCAUGUCGAGGAUCCAGAUUACUUUCCUGACCUUGUAGGAAAUGAAUUUUACUUCUUGUUCAACCUCACCUUGCUGCCUGCAGAGGAGGAGCUGACUGCCCUUGAGUUGCGCCUCUACCACAGAGAGAGAGAAAGCAAGGGUUUUCACAUCAACGUCUACCACACAAUGGAUCCCCCACUCAUUUCCAGAAACAAGAGCAGACUCCUGGCCCGCAAAUUCUUGGCUCCAAACCAGUCCAAGUGGGAAAGCUUUGAUGUGACUCCUGCCUAUAAGACAGCCAAGAACCAGAAGCUUCAUCUUGGGUUUCUUGUUGAGGUGGAGCACCCAAACAAUAGCUAUAACCUUCAAGAGCACCACACAUCCGCUCGUGCAAGACGGUCUCUUGGAGAGGAGGCAGCUCAGUGGGCUCUGGAGAGGCCUUUACUAGUUACUUAUAGCCACGACCAAAGAGGGCAACCCCUGACACGUGGAAAAAGACACAACAGAAGUCAGUCAAAUGCACUAACCCAGAAAGGAGGCAGAAAACCUACAAAAGGUGCGGUCUCCAAGAACAAACUCAAGAGCCUAAAGGCAAAGACCAAAAUCAGUACCAAGUGCAAAAGGCACCGCUUGUUUGUAGAUUUCAAAGAGGUUGGUUGGAACGAUUGGAUAGUUGCCCCCAGUGGCUACCACGCAUUCUACUGCUCUGGGGAAUGUCAGUUCCCACUGGCUGACCAUAUGAAUUCCUCCAGUCAUGCUGUGGUGCAGACAAUGUUGAAUUCUGUGAACUCCAAAGUGCCUAAGCCAUCUUGUGUUCCUACAGACCUCAGUCCCAUAGCUAUGCUCUAUCUGGAUCAACAUGACAUGGUGGUCCUUAAAACCUAUCAGGAUAUGGUGGUGCAGGGCUGUGGGUGCCGGUAAGAGAGAUGGAGCAGGGACACUCUCUCUGUCAGUACUAAAAACCUGGGGUCACUCAACAAGACUUAGGAACAACAGACUUAGGACUUCCAGAAGUACAAGUUGCAUACAAUGCAUAAUGAAAUAACCUAAGGAGAUAAAGAUCAUCAAAUUUAUAUAGUUGCAAGCAACUUGUACACAGGAAUAUAUUUCUGAAUAUCAGAUAUGGAAUCAAGUAAUAAGCAAAGACUGUUGUUAUGAUGCUCUUCCAAAAAUAUCCAAAGAUAUCUAACUGGCCACAACUGGAAAUAGUUGGACCUUGGUCUGGUCCAGCAAAUUAUUAUUUUAUUCUUAUGAAAUCACAUGAACAAAUAUGAGUUUCCCCAGGAAAUCCUGUAUUUACAGAUGAACUUUUAUUGAACAAUAAGCAAACAACUCAUCCAGUCUAUCAAAGCAAUCAUAUAUCAACGAAGUUUCAAAUUCUUCACGUGGUAAAACAAUAUUAAUUAUUCUGCACAGUAAAGAUGGAGAAAGUGUAGUCAUCCAGAUGUUGUUGUGUCACAAUCCCCAUAAUCUCUCACCACUGAAUAUACUGUUUAGAGCUAAUAGAUACCUGAAGGCUAUCCUGAAUGAGCGGGCAGACCUGGCGUGCAUAACGGAGACCUGGUUGGAAGAGGCUGGGGGAGCUAACCUCCCCCAGCUUUGUCCACCAGGUUAUACCAUGCAGCACCAAUCAAGAUCUGGAGGCAGGGGAGGAGGGGUCGCAGUGGUCUAUAAGGAGUCUAUCCCCCUGACCUAGUGCCCCAUCCCGCAGACAACACUGUUUGAGUGUGCUCACCUGAAGGUAGGGGGCCGGGACAGUUUAGCGAUUCUGUUAGUGUACUGACCACCCUGCUGCACUACAGUUUCCCUGCCUGAGCUAACAGGGGUGGUCUCGGGCCUGGAGUUGGAGUCCCAACAGCUCAUUCAUGCAGAGACCACUCCCUCUGACGUAGCUCAGGACUUCAUUGCCGCCAUGGCACGCAUGGGGCUGUCCCAACUAGUAUCUGGCCCUACCCACACUUGACUUGGUUUUCUGCCAGGGAUGGGAGGAAGGUGGCUGUGUAGAGGAGCUCACCAUCGCUCCGUUGCCAUGGACUGACCAUCACCUGAUCAGGUUUAGACUCAAUGCGCCCCCCAACCUCCGCAGGAGUGGAGGACCGAUUAAAAUGGUCUGCCCCAGGAGACUUAUGGAUCUGGAUGGAUUCCUGACGGCUCUUGGGGAGUUUCCUGCCACCUUGGCUGGUGACCCUGUCGAUGCUCUGGUUGAUCUCUGGAACAAGGAGGCGGCCAGAGCAAUAGACACUAUUGCUCCAGAAUGUCCCCUCUCGAGUAUCCGAGCUAAACCAUCUCCUUGGUUUACUGAGGAGCUGGCAGUGAUGAAGCGAAAGAAGAGGGGACUAGAGGACGUGUGGCAUUCGGAGCCAAGUGAGUCAAACCGAACAUGGUUAUGCUCCUAUCUUAGGGCAUACACCGCGGCAAUAGAUGCUGCAAAGAACGUCUUCUUUGCAGCUAAUAUUGCAUCCGCACAGUACCGUCCGGCGGAGCUGUUUUGAGUUGUCAGAGGGUUGUUAUAUUCUAUCCCCCAAGACGGGAUCCCUGACAACUCGGCAGCCUGCUGUGAAGCAUUUGCUCGGUUCUUUGUGGACAAAGUCGCUUUGAUCCGCUCUGGCUUUGACACCAUAUUAACGGCAGUCUCCGAGGAUGUAGCACGGGCACCUACUUGUCCUAUUUUGAUGGGUUCUUUUCAAUUGGUUCAGCCUGAGGACAUGGACAAGGUGCUUGGAGAGGUGAGGGCGACCACAUGCAUCCUAGACCCCUGCCCAUCCUGGCUGGUGAGAGAAGCUAGAGGGGGAUUGGCCGAGUGGGUGAAGGUGGUGGUGAAUGCCUACUUUUGGGAAGGCAUUGUUCCAGCGAGCCUUAAAUUGGCUGUGAUCAAACCACUGUUGAAGAAGCCAUCACUGGAUCCCACUCAACUGGACAACUAUCGGCCUAUUUCCAAUCUCCCCUUUUUGGGCAAGGGCGUGGAACGUGUGGUGGCCGCACAACUCCGGGCAUUCUUGGAUGAUACUGAUUUCCUAGAUCCGGCACAGUCUGGCUUCAGGCCGGGGCAUGGUACCAAGAUAGCCUUGGUCACCUUAGUCGAUGAUCUACACCGGGAACUGGACAGGGGGAGUGUGUCCCUGCUGGUUCUGCUGGACCUCUCAGUGACCUUCGAUACCAUUGACCACAGUAUCCUUCUGAGACGCCUUGCCGGGAUGGGGCUCGGAGGUACUGCUCUGCAGUGGCUCCGGUCCUUCCUGGAGGGUCGUUCACAGAUGGUGUCAUUGGGGGAUACCUGCUCGGCCCCACAACCAUUGUCUUGUGGGGUCCCACAGGGAUCAGUACUCUCCCCCAUGUUGUUUAAUAUCUACAUGAAGCCGCUGGGAGAGAUCAUCCGGAGUUUCGGGGUGAGGUGUCAUCUGUAUGCAGUUGAUGUCCAGCUCUGUCACUCCUUCCCACCUGUCACUAAGGAGGCUGUCGAGGUCCUGAACCGGUGCUUGGCCGCUGUGUCGGACUGGAUGAGGGCCAACAAAUUGAAACUGAAUCCAGACAAGACAGAGGUCCUCCGGGUCAGUCGUAGGGCCGAACAGGGUAUAGGGUUACAGCCUGUGUUGGACGGGGUUGCACUCCCCCUGAAGACACAGGUUCGCAGUGUGAGGGUUCUCCUGGACUCAUCGCUGAGCCUGGAACCCCAGGUCUCGGCGGUGGUCAGGGGAGCAUUUGCACAACUAAGACUUCUGCACCAGCUGUGCCCAUACCUUGGGAAGUCUGACUUGGCCACGGUGGUCCACGCUCUGGUUACAUCCCAUUUGGAUUACUGCAACGCUCUCUACGUGGGGUUGCCUUUGAAGAUGGCCCGGAAGCUCCAAUUAGUACAACGGGCGGCAGCCAGAUUAAUAACCGGGGCGGCUUACAGGGAGCAUACUACUCGCCUGCUAAGUCAGCUCCACUGGCUGCCGAUAUGCUACCAUCCCAAUUCAAAGUGCUGGUUUUGACCUAUAAAGCCCUAAGCAGUUCUGGCCCAAUCUACUUGUCUGAACGUAUCUCCUCCUAUGAGCCAGCAAGAUCCCUAAGAUCAUCUGGAGAGGCCCUGCUCUUGGUCCCACCGGCCUCACAAGCGAGGCUGGUGGGAAUGAGGGACAGGGCCUUCUCGGUGGUGGCUCCCCAGCUGUGGAACACCCUCCCCAGAGAUAUCCAACAAGUCCCAACCCUCUUGGGCUUCAGAAGAGCCCUAAAAACAUGGCUAUGUGCCCAGGCUUUCAAGGAAUAAAUGAUAAAGACGACACGGAUGGACCUAUGGGUACAGCACAAGGUUUUCUGGACGAACAGAUCUGAUCAAAUGUUUUAAAUUUAUAUAUUGUAAUUUUAUAUUGUAUUUAAUAGUUUUAAUGGAUUGUAUGUAUUGUUUGAUUUUUUUUUGUGUGGGCAUCAAAUUGUUGCCAUUGUUGUAAGAUGCCCUGAGUCCCUUCGCGUGAGAAGGGUGGGAUACAAAUGUUGGAAAUAAAUAAAUAAUAAUAAAUAGA